AUGCCGGCCCUCCUGCUCCUCGGGACCCUCCUGCUCCUGGCCUCGACUACCGGCCAGGCUGGGGCGCGCCCGUCCAACGCCACGAGCACCGAACCCCCGGGCCCGCUGCCCGCCCUGCUGGCGCACCUGCGGCGCCUGACCGGGGCGCUGACCGGCGGCGGGGGCGCGGCGGGCCCGGGGGCCAACGGCACCAGGACCAGCACCCCGAGCUCGGCCGGCGCGGCGGCACGGGCGCCCCCUCCUGCCGAGCUCUGCCACGGCUACUACGAUGUCAUGGGCCAGUACGACGCCACCUUCAACUGCAGCACUGGCUCCUACCGCUUCUGCUGCGGCACCUGCCACUACCGCUUCUGCUGCGAGCACCGCCACAUGCGCCUGGCGCAGGCCUCCUGCUCCAACUACGACACGCCGCGCUGGGCCACCACGCCGCCGCCACUGGCCGGGGGCGCCGGGGGCGCCGGGGGUGCGGGCGGGGGACCCGGGCCCGGCCAGGCCGGGUGGCUGGAAGGGGGCCGGGCGGGUGGCGCCGGGGCGCGUGGGGGCGAGGGCCCAGGGGGCAGCACGGCCUACGUGGUGUGCGGGGUCAUCAGCUUCGCCCUGGCCGUGGGCGUCGGCGCCAAAGUGGCCUUCAGCAAGGCGUCCCGUGCGCCCAGGGCCCACCGGGAGAUCAACGUACCCAGGGCUCUGGUGGACAUUCUGAGGCAUCAGGCGGGGCCUGGGACCCGCCCGGACCGGGCACGAAGCAGCUCCCUAACCCCGGGGAUCGGGGGUCCAGACAGCAUGCCCCCGAGGACGCCCAAGAACCUCUACAACACCGUGAAGCCCUCCAAUCUCGAUAAUCUGCACCACAACUACCUGCACCUCAACGUCAACAGCCCCAAACACCACGCUGCCACUCUGGACUGGCGGGCCAUUCCGCCGCCCAGCCCCUCCUUGCACUACUCCACGCUGUCCUGCUCUCGGUCCUUCCACAACCUCUCGCAUCUGCCCCCGUCCUACGAGGCCGCUGUGAAAUCUGAACUCAACCGCUACUCCUCCCUCAAGAGGCUGGCCGAGAAGGAUCUGGACGAGGCCUACCUGAAGCGCCGGCACCUGGCGGAGGUGCCCCGCGGGACGCUGCCCCUGCAUGCGCUGCGGCGACCUGGCACAGGGGGCGGCUAUCGCAUGGAUGGCUGGGGUGGGCCCGAGGAGCUGGGCCUGGCGCCCGCGCCCAACCCACGGCGCGUCAUGUCCCAGGAGCACCUACUGGGCGACGGGGGCCGGGCACGCUAUGAGUUCACACUGCCACGCGCGCGCCUCGUGUCACAGGAGCACCUGCUCCUGUCGUCCCCCGAGGCCCUGCGCCAGAGCCGCGAGCACUUGCUGUCACCCCCGCGCAGCCCCGCGCUGCCCCCCGAGCCCGCCGCCCGCGCCAGCCUGGCCGCCUCCCACUCCAACCUGCUGCUGGGGCCUGGGGGGCCCCCCACACCGCUGCACGGGCUGCCCCCGCCGCCCGGCCUGCACGCGCACCACCACCACCACGGCCUGCACGGCUCGCCGCAGCCCGCCUGGAUGUCAGACACCGGCGGAGGUGGGGGCACGCUGGCCCGCAGGCCGCCCUUCCAGCGCCAGGGCACGCUGGAGCAGCUGCAGUUCAUCCCCGGCCAUCACCUGCCCCAACACCUCCGCACUGCCAGCAAGAAUGAGGUGACUGUCUGAGUGUCUGAGGUCGGGCCAGGGGCUUGGGGGCUGCAGCCUGGGGCCCCCAUCCCAGCCUGCAUCCCCCAACACACUCCAGGGGCCUGGGACCAGAUCUGCAGUGGCCGGGAGGGCUGCCCGCAAGGACACUGUUUUGGAUGAAAUCAUCACCAGGCACAAAGCUUCCUUCUGCGAUGUCACGGCAGAUGAGACCCCUCCUCCUAUGUCACAGUUUGAGGCAGGACCUCCUUCCCAUGACGUCAUCACAGAGGAAGAGGCCUGUAUGUGAGGUCAUCACUAGCGAAAAUGUCUUUGUUCAUCACAGGGACAAAACCUCCUUCCCAUGAGGUCAUCACAGAGGAAAAGGCCCACCCUUAAGGUCAUCACUAGAGGCCAUGUCUAUGCUCCAUGGUGUCAUCACACAGACUUCCCUCCUGUGAUGUCAUAAGAGGAACAAUGCCUUUGUCCUAUGACAUCAUCCCUAGAGACAAAGAGUCCUUCCUAUGAUGUCACUGCAUAGAUAAAGCUCAUCCUUAUGAUGUCAUCUCUGGCACCAAAAGGCCUCUUUUGACAUCAUCAUCACCAGGAAAAUAUUUUCUUCCAAAGAAGAUGCCUUUGUCUUUGAAGUCACCACUACAGACAAAGCCAUCUUCCUGGGACACAUCACAGGGGAAAGAGCCUCACCAGCUGUGUCCUCACUAGACAUAAGGCCUCCUUUCUACGACAUCAUCACAGGGACUCUGCUUCCUUCCUGUGAUGCCAUCGCCAGAGAAGGUGCCUUGCCCUAUGAUGUCAUCAGAGGGACUGUGCCUUUUCCGUGAUGUCAUCAGCAGAGAUGGCAGCCCACUCUGGGGACAUCUCCAAGACGAGGCCCCUUCUGCAAUGUCACCACCAGACUCUGCCUGCUCCGAGAUCACACACGCCGUGAGACACCUCCACUGCCUGCUCCGAGAUCACACACGCCGUGAGACACCUCCACUGCCUGCUCCGAGAUCACACACGCCGUGAGACACCUCCACUGCUGCUGCCAAGUCCCGGCGCGGCAGGGCACACCCAGAGUCUGUGACUAUCCUGGUGGGUCACCAGAGAAAGUGCCCUGUCCUGAGGUGUCAUCUAGGGGUGUCCUCACUGGGGAGGCUGCCCCGGCGGAGAGGUCUCUGCCACAGAUGACAGUCCGUCUGUGGAUUGCUGGCAGUGGCCCUGCCCCAGCUGAGGCUCUGCCCCAGUGCUGUGAUGUCAUCACCAGAGACACUGCCUGCUCUGGAAGGCCAUUACUUGUAAUGGUAUCACCAGAGUUUCUGCCUUGGCCCACCAUGACUUGGCUUGGUCACUCCUUCCCCUGACCCUAGAGACAUGCCCUGCGGGAUUUCCACCAGAACCUCACCUAAAGGGUGGUUGGGCCACGGGUCCUGUGUGACUCCUGGAGGACAGCACUCCCAGACUGGCUUCUGCUCCCACGGAGGCCACUCUGGCCCACCAGGCUCCUGGAGUCCUGGGACUCAUAGGUGGCGCUACUUCUCUCUGCCGUCACUACAGACAUCAUCACCUCUGUAAACAAAGUCCUGGCCUCCUGCUGGGGGUGGGGGGAGGUGGGGGUAUGCCUGCUAUUGAUUUAGCUGAUGACAUCAUCAGCACCACAAGACUUCCACCACUCCUGGUGGUAAGUUGCACCUGGGGUCCAGUGUUAACCAUGCCUGAUGAUGACAUCAUUUCCCAGGAUUCCCUUUGACCUAUGGUGUAUUCAUCUCCCAGGAUCCACCACAACUAGGAUAUCAUCCUCUUCCAGGAUUUACCAUAACUAUAGUGUCACCUUCUCCCGAGGUUCCCUAUAGCCAAUGGUGUCAUCAUCUCCCAUGAUUCUCCACAACCAUGGUGUCAUCAUCGCCCAGGAU